GUUGGUGAUGGCGCUGACAGCUUGCAGAGGCGAGCCCCCCCACCCGCCGUGUGCAACACAUAUUCUGCGGUAAAGAUGGCGGCGUCAGAGGGGGCGCGCUGCGGCCGAACAACGGCCAAACUCUUUUAAUUAGGUCCGCUUGAACUAAGUCGAGCUUGUCGGGUGGCUUUAAUUACUGCAGGGCUACUGCCUGGACAUUCGGGACGGAGAUAAUCGCUGCCUCGCACCGUUGCUGGGAUUUUAUUGUUAGAGGAAGGCUAGGUGGGUUUCAGUGGUAGCUGCUAGCGUUAGCCAGGCGAGCUAACACUGAGCCGUUCUCCUUUCGGAGAGCAGCAGGGAGGGGAUUCGUGAAAAGAAUUCGGGUUAGGCCGCACCAGCUUAGGGGAAUGUGAACCAGAGGUACCCAGGGGAGGUUUGCUUGCUUCGUCCCACACGUCCUCUGACAAAACUACUGGAAUGGGACAGCAGGUAGGCCGCGUCGGUGAGGUUACAUCAAGCGGACUCGAGCCACCACAGCCCCACGCGUCCCAACCACACCAGGGGAAGGGGAACCGGGGCAGCGUCGCCGGGAGGAAACUCCGAGAACCCGGCAGCAGCACCGGGACACCACCGGGCAGGGCUGCUGCAGUAAACGUACCAGACCCAGGGAUAAAUAUAUUCACGCAGCAUUCAGAAGCUCUGACAGAGGCAGUUCGCUGGAGCUCAAAGGAGAACCUACUGGGGGCGGCCGAGAGCGACCCCAACCUCUUUGUUGCACUUUAUGACUUUGUCGCCAGUGGAGACAACACACUCAGCAUCACCAAAGGUGAGAAGCUGCGUGUGCUAGGCUACAACCAGAAUGGGGAGUGGAGUGAAGUGCGCUCUAAGAACGGACAAGGUUGGGUCCCCUCCAACUACAUCACACCAGUCAACAGUCUGGAGAAGCAUAGCUGGUACCAUGGGCCUGUGUCCCGCAGCGCUGCAGAGUACCUGCUGUCCUCUCUCAUCAAUGGCAGUUUUCUGGUCAGGGAGAGCGAAAGCAGCCCCGGGCAGCUGUCCAUAUCGCUGCGCUACGAGGGCAGAGUGUACCACUAUAGGAUCAACACAUCCACAGAUGGAAAGGUGUAUGUGACAUCUGAAAGUCGAUUCGCCACCCUAGCCGAGCUGGUCCAUCACCACUCCACCGUACCUGAUGGGCUGGUCACCACGCUGCACUACCCCGCGCCCAAAUGCAACAAGCCCACAGUGUACGGUGUGUCGCCCAUCCACGAUAAAUGGGAGAUGGAGCGUACAGAUAUCACCAUGAAGCACAAGCUAGGAGGAGGCCAGUACGGGGAGGUGUAUGUUGGAGUCUGGAAGAAGUACAACCUGACGGUGGCAGUGAAAACACUCAAGGAGGACACCAUGGAAGUUGAAGAGUUUCUGAAAGAGGCAGCUGUUAUGAAAGAGAUUAAACAUCCAAACCUCGUUCAGCUUCUUGGUGUGUGCACACUAGAGCCUCCUUUCUACAUUGUAACAGAGUACAUGCCACACGGCAACCUACUGGAUUACUUGAGGGAUUGUGAAAAAGCGGAGGUGAAUGCCGUGGCUCUGCUCUACAUGGCCACCCAGAUUUCUUCUGCCAUGGAAUACCUGGAGAAGAAGAACUUCAUACACAGGGAUCUUGCUGCGAGGAAUUGCCUGGUGGGAGAAAAUCACGUGGUUAAAGUGGCGGACUUCGGUCUAAGCCGGUUGAUGACCGGUGACACUUACACGGCCCACGCUGGAGCCAAGUUCCCCAUCAAGUGGACUGCACCUGAGAGCCUUGCAUACAACACCUUCUCCAUCAAGUCUGAUGUCUGGGCUUUCGGGGUUCUGCUGUGGGAAAUCGCCACCUAUGGCAUGUCUCCAUACCCAGGCAUUGAUUUGUCUCAGGUCUACGAUCUCCUAGAGAAAGGCUACCGCAUGGAGCAGCCGGAGGGAUGUCCACCCAAAGUGUAUGAACUCAUGAGAGCAUGUUGGCAGUGGAGCCCUGUAGACCGACCUUCGUUUGCAGAAAUACACCAGGCCUUUGAGACGAUGUUCCAUGACUCCAGUAUUUCUGAAGAGGUUGCAGAGGAGCUCUGUAAGACGGCCUCUUCUGGGCACUGUGGAUCAAUGCACCCCUGCAGUCAGGACACGCCCCUUCUGCCCUCCAAGUCCCGCCCACCCCUCAAGCACACAGAAAACAAGGAGAACAUCGAGGGCGGACUGGAUGGGCACUCCGACCACAGUGCACACAGUCACACAGGCUGGACGUCCACCCUGUUUGGAGGGGAUGGACGAUCAGGCGGAUCCCCCGCUGUUCCCCGGAAACUUCAGUCACGAGAUAAAUCUCCCAGUGGCCUUUUGGAUGACGCACAGGACAUCGGCACAUUUACACGAGACCGUAAAACUGGCUUCUUUAGCUCCUUCAUGAGGAAGAAGUCUUCCUCUUCCACCACAUCAUCUUCACAGCUUCAGCAGAACCUUCCAACACCGCCCAAGAGGAGCAACUCCUUUCGGGAUAUGGAGACUCAGCCUCACAAGAAGUAUGAACCCACAGCUGAUUUCAGUGCCCCCCCUCCUCUGCCCCAGUCAGGCAGUUUAGGGGGCUUCUUUGCCUCUCCUCCUCACUCCCACGGGGAACCAACCCAGGCUCCGUCCCGCUGCUGUGGAGGUGCUUUUGGACAAAAACCUUCAGGUGGAGUUCUUGGUUCUCAGGUGACGAGUGGCAGCAGCUGGGGGGGGCUGGCUGGCUUCUUCACCCCCAGACUCAUCAAAAAGACCCUGGGGCUACGGACUGGAAAGACGGCCUCUUCAGAGGAGAGCGGUGGUAUCGUUGGACCAAAACCUUUCCCUAGGUCCAAUUCUACCUCCUCUAUGUCAUCUGGGUUGCCAGACUUGGAACGCAUGGCUCUGACAUUACCUAGAAACCACAGUGCUAAACCCUCCCUGGAGAGAACUGCCUCCACAUCUUCUCAACCUGAGAACGGGGCCACACGGCCCUCAGAAACUGUGUUGAGGAGGAUGGACGAGGGAACUGCACAGAUCAGGGAAAGGCCAAAAGCUAAGCUAUUAACCCGGGGUACUGCUGCGGGGGUGAGGGCACCAGGGGUUGGAGGGGAGGUGGGGGAAUCAGAUGGUCUGUCUCGGCUCAAAGAAGGCAGAGAAGAGAGUGGAGGGAUUGAGAGGCAUCAGAGCUGGUCGUCUCCGUCAAAGAACUCUGGUCUAACAUCAGCUCCAACAGGAACACCAACUCACAACCACAAAGUUCCGGUCCUGAUCUCCCCCACGCUGAAGCACAGCUCAGCCGACGUGCACUUAGUUGGACUGGAUUCUCAGGGGAACCGCUUUAGACUGCUGACCGACCACCAAGGAGAGCGAGACAGGCCGCGGCUUGUCAAACCCAAGUGUGCUCCACCUCCUCCUCCCCCCACUCUGCGCAGUCUGCAGCAGUCCUACAGCGGAGACGGGGAGGAGCAGGUCAGCACAGCGCCUGUAGAGGUCAACGGGGACACGUUUAAAGGUCACAGGUCAGGGCGAACAUCAGGAGGAGUGACGACGGGUAGACCGUCAGUGCCACCACCGCAAGUGCCUCCUGCAAUUUCCUCCAUCUUUUCCUCUUCCUGCCCUGCCAGCACCAACACAACUCCCGCCAAAAUGGCCAACGGGGCUGCCACCACCACUGCCUCCACCCACACAGCACCAACGUCUGGUUCCAAAGUGGCCCUGCGGCGGGCCCGGCAGCAGGCAGAGCGGGUGCCCCUGGAGCGGGUCAGCCGCGAGACCCUGCUGGAGUGUGUCGAGGGCCUGAGCAGCACACUCCACGCCAGCUCCGACAGCCCCUCCAGCAGCCAGGUGCUGGACGCCGGCCACCAGCUGCUAGACUACUGCUCAGGUUACGUGGACUGCAUCGCUCAGAUGAGGAACAAAUUUGCCUUUCGAGAGGCAGUGGGCAAGCUGGAGCUCAGCCUGCAGGAGCUGAGGGCCUCAUCUUCUGGAGGCGGGGGGCUGAGUGGCGUGGGCUCCAACACGGUGCUGGAAAACCUACACAACUGUAUUAAAGAGAUUAGCGAUGUAGUGCAGAGGUAGCCACUGUGAUGUCACUAACCGUCACCUCUUCUUACAAGCAAAUCACUUACUCUGUUUUCUAUGUUUCUGGUUCCAUCAACAGCUUUUUGGGGGACGAAAUGAGUUACAUCUUUACCUCAGAAAUCACUACGAAAUAUUAUCUUUUUAUUGUUUACAAAAAUCUGUAUCAAAGAAUUCCAGUGAGGACACUAACUUUGCUCUCAGCUGUACAUACGGAGGAAAGUAACACCAAGCUAAAUGUCACAUCAUGCCAUGUUUUGCUGUGAGUUUUUGUUUGGCCGUGAAAAGCCCCUUUGUCAACUAAAUGUGGAGCGGAUCGGCGGUGUGUCUUCAGCCAAGGGAGAGGCUAAAUCUCACUCUGCUCAUGUGUCACGGCAGUGAUUGUGGUCAGCUUUAGCCAACAGGAGGAGAAGAGCAUUUUUCCUCAUGGUAAACUAAACGUUUCACAAGAAUGUGGCUCAUCAGUUAGAUGGAUUGUGUUUCACGGAGCGUUGCGCUUCUUUUUAACUGGGUACACUGAUCAAAAGCCAUUUUAAAGUGUGAAACCAGCAUAUGAUUCAAGGUUUGGGGUCUCAAAUUGAAAUUUUUGUUUUGUUAGAAUAUAUAUAUAUUUUAUCAUUUUCAUUUCAGUCCGUUUUCAUGACUUCAAAAUUUUACAACUGUUAAAGCUUAUUUUUAAGGGAGACUAAAAAUGUGACAUUCCUGCUCCUCCAACUAAAGACUGAAAAGAGCUUCAAUACUAGGCUCGUAUGGCACAGUUGCACCAGAAGGACUUAAAGGUGACUGAAUGUGGGGGGGGGGGGGGGGGGGUCUUCAAUGACACAGCCUUGAUCUUUGCUCCAGUGACGUUACUGAUUUUCACAUUGUGAAAAUCCCCCUAAAGCAUUUCAGUAGAAACAUUGAAUGAUUGUUGCACAUUUAAGUUUCUUUUCCCCCCAAGAUCAAGUGAGGAGUCGAGUAGGAAAGCACAGGGUUAGGGUGCGAACUGGUCAGCUGGUGUUUCUUUAAGUGUCCUUCGCCGUAUGGACAUGCUGGAUUACCUGUAGCCUUGUCGUGGCCCGAGUGCCUGAAACGCUAAACGCGGCGAGCAGCAGAGACCUACUUCACGCUAACCGCGCAGGACUGAAGUGUCAAGAAACUGCAGUACAUGUCUUCAGCACACCUGUGGGUUUGUUUGAUUUUAAAGGCUUUCUGGAAUGUAUGAACUAGAAUUCUAAAUUAUUUUUGUUCAAAGCACAGACAUAUUUUGAGAGAGUUAUGGAAAUAUUUGAUUUAUUUCAUAUUCAUGGGUAAGAGUUUUUGUCUAGAGAGAAGCGUUUCAGGGCUGAGGUUGGACCUGAACGUGCACUUUGAAUGUAAUAAUCUGGCAUUUAUCCACACAAAGUUGGUCCACUUUUUGUGGCUCAAAUUUUUUUUCUAUUUAUUUUAUUUUAUUUUUUCAAUUACUGACCCUUAUAUUAAUUUUAAUCUUGCUAAUUACCAGUCCGAAGAUGGCUGCUCUGUUUUUUGAGCACACACACACUACUAAGAGAAUUUAUCGCACCUGUUUGAUGUGCUUCUCAUCUUGACGUACACUGGAUAAGGCCUCAGACACAUCUGUUCAACGACACAUAGACUGCAUACAAAUACUACAAAAACUAAUCGCAGGUUCAGUUUCAGUGAUGCAGCUUCUGCACUUCAUUUCCUUAAUUCUUGUUUGUAGAAAUCCUCCUGUUAAAGGCAUUUUGACUGAUUGGACUCUCGUUUCCCUUCACUGUGAGUUAAAUGAUGCGGAUUAUAAAUUAUUUUUCAUCAUUUUUGGUGCCUUUUUUGUAGAAUAAAGUAUUUAUGUUCAGUACAUGUUGACUGCAACAGUAAAAUAAUGUUUAACUCGAUUAUUUGAACAUGGAUUUGUGAUCAGAUCACUCACUGCAAUAUUUCUUCUGGAGGUUAAUGGUCCCAUGCAAACUUGAAACCAGUCAGUGCACUUUGUUCAUUUUAUCGUGUAUGGUUCAUAACACUAGUAGAGAUACACCAAUAAAUACUACACACAAGCAUGCAGCACUCACAAACAUCUGAUUUCAUCCAGAUUUGAUCAUCUGUGAAUGACUGACUCAUGUCACACUUGCUUCUUCACCUGUUCUGUGUCUGUUGUGUAUUUUAUUGCAUCAUGAUAAAGCAGAUUUUCCCCAAAAAGCCUUAUCAAAAACUGACCCGAUCGAUCAGUAAUCCUCAUCACAUCUAAUGUCUAAAUUCAAGCUGCUUUAUUCGUAAACUGACCACAAAGAUUUAUGCUCAUUCUCUGUAGCUUUGUUUUUGUGUGUAUGCUUUUUGCUUUGUCUCUUUUUUUGUGUCUCCCUGUUUUGGGUUCUGGAGAACGUGUACACAUCAUUAUACCAAAGGCCACGUCUUCAGUUGGAUGAGUGCAAUGUAAAGAAAUACACAAAGACAUCAUGGUGGAAUAUGUGAAUCUAAACAGGGAUUUUAAAAAAUGUCAAAUGUUGUUGUUUUUUUCUAAAAUGUACAAAAAUAUUUUGUUUUGCUGUUUUUUUUUUAUUUAAAUCUCACAUGACUGUGAAGUUCUGCUUAUCAGUGUUAAGCGUAUUGUAAAUAAUAAAGACAUUGAUGAAUACUGC